GUGUUCACGGCAGCAUUAUGCAAUGAGAGCCAUCGUGGUGCGUCUUCCCAUUGGCUGGGACAGGCUAACCCCUGGUUACUAAGCAAACAGUAGACAGUCAGUCAGGAAGAGUAGAGCUGCACAGAUCAGAACCUUUUAGACAAUCAAAGGAAACAUGACUUGGAUUGUUUAAUGCUUUUUGGUGAGCAACUUGUCUACUGAAUAAAUCCUCUCUGGGGUGAGCUGCUUUUUAAAGAUGCUUCUGAUGGACAUUUUUCUCUUAUUUAUAUGAUGUGUAAUUUAAAGAGAAUCCAAGAAUUCUUGAAAGGAGAUGUUUUCUCAAUGAAGAAAUCCAAAUGAUUAGUUGGAAACCAACAUCUGGACUAAUUGCUAUCAUUACUAAAGCACUAGCUGGCUCAAUGGAGUGUAAUUACGGAGUUUAACUCUAGCCAGCGGCUCCGUUUUCUGCAUUCUAGCCACUGUUUGGAAGCUCAUGGCGCCUUUCAGGUGUCAAACAAACACCAGCCUGGAUCAAAUCAUAAUUCAGAAUAGGGCUUUAUUCAAAGUGCUGGUCCCGAUCCUGGAUAGCCUCAUUCUGGUGGCUGGAUUCAUCGGACAAACUUUAGUGAUCGUCAUCAUCACUGGGCGGCGGAGGAAACAAAACCAACAGGUUCACGGUACCGACACCCUCCUGCUGGGGCUGAGCGCCGCUGACCUGCUGCUCUUACUCUGCCUCCCCUUCCACACCUCCGCCAUCGUUCAGGGGUGCUGGCCUUUCGGCAGCUUCAUGUGCAAAGCCAUCAGCUUCCUGGGCAUUGCCUGCUCGGCAGCUUCGGUGUUCACCAUGGCGGCGUUGGCCGUGUUGCGCUACCUCACCGUGGUUCACCCCACCUGGGCCUACCGCCGGAGAGUGCACAGGCGGAUUAAUCUGACAGUGGUCCUGCUCUGGAUCCCUGCUUUGGCUCUGGCAGCGCCACAGUUUGCCUUCCGUACGACUUUAUCUCACAGCACUGAAUACUGCUUCGCUUUCCUGUCCAACGUCAGCCAGGUGGUCUACAGCGUCACCUUGUUCCUGUUCGGCUUCGCUCUCCCCCUGGGCAUCAUAGUGCUGAUGUACGCCAAGAUCUACUGCUUCCUUCAGCAUGCACGACAGGUGGGAAACGCCCCCCAGCUGGAGCGCUAUCAGCGUCAGGUCACCCAUACAUCUGCUCUCCUGGUCCUGAUCUUCACGCUGCUAUGGCUGCCCUCCUACAUUCUCAUGUUCUCCAAAAUCGGAGGAACUCAGAACAGCCUAAGCAGGUACAACUACAUAGCCAUCAUCUUCAGACUGAUGUCCUCCUCCGUGGCAGCGGUGAACCCCGUGCUCUACGGCUUGAUGUCUCAGAAGUUUAGACAGGACUUAUUUGAACUGGGCAGAAGACAGUGGGGGUGGUGUAAAGACUGUGUUCCCGGCUGCCCUCCUGUGACCAGCAGGGAUGCAGUCCAGCCCAUUGAACUGGAAACGACGUCGGAGAGAGGUCCAAACUGACAGCUUCCCCCAAAACAAAUGUCUUAUAGCUAAUGUUUGGUUAUUGAAAAUAACUGUAUCUUCUAGUAUUAUAACAGAAUGUAACCCUUGAUACAAAACAGCUGAAGUCUUGUUUGAUGUAAAGUUGUAGGGGUAUAACGAUUAUUCCACAUUGAUUUAUGUUCCUACAAUCCAACCAUAUCCAUCCGUUUGACUGAGGCAAAUUGUUAAUCGAAUUCACCUAUAGUAAAAUAAAAUCAAUCAAUUAUAAUUGAUAUUAGAUAAUACCAUUUGGAUUGAGGCACAGUAGAUUUACUAUAACGUAAAAAAUCACCAUCACAGCGGACGUGUGAUGGCAGCAAAAAAUGAUCAACCAUCAAUACAGUCCAAUGUGAGAAAAAACUUUGAAUUUUGCGAAGACGUGAACAUACAGUGUGAUAGAAUGAUAUACUAAUGUUCCGUUGGUAUUAUUUUGAUGUGGAAAAACAACCUUGAAACUAUAAGGUGAAUGGAUUUGACAUUAUUUCUUGCUUACUUUUCGUUUUUUUUAACACAUAUUUAAUCUACAAUUGAUUUCUUGCAAUAAAUACAAGAAAUCUGGAAAACUUUUCCUGCACUGUUCAGUACCAGGUAUUUAUGUCUGAGUCACAAUGAUUGAAGUUUGUGCUAAAGAUGUCCUGGACCGAUUUUAGGUCAGUGAAUCGGAUUGUUGUUAAAAUGAAUUUUUACAGCCCUAUAAAGUUGUUUAGUCGGUGAAACAGCUUUGAGAUUAGACAUUUUGCCUCACACCUUAUUUGAUUAGAGCAUUUAAUACAUUUGUAAAUCUUGAACAGUUUUAAUGUCUUAUUUUGGAUU